UCUCAGGCUACAAGUGAAGUUGAACCCUGCAGACCUCAGCCAGAGUCAGCUGUAAGGAUCCUCCUCUGAUCAGCAUCCAGACCUGUGGAUUGUAAACACAAGAAACCCUUUAUGUUACUCUGUGAAAGAUGAAGACAUCCGAUUGACGCUUAAUAGUGUCAGCUACCUGGACAAAGGGAGCCCCCCUGGUUUGUGGUUUUAUUUCAGAUCUUAUUAAUCCUGACUGAGGCAACAUGCAGCAGCCUGAACCACAGCAGACAAGUCAACAAACAGCCACAGAAACUCUGGAUGCUGCAGGUCUAUAUAUCCGCAGGGGGAAGACAGCUCUGUGGGUGACCGUGUCCCUGCUGGCUUUAGCUUUGGUUGUCCUGACCAUCGGUCUCAUCUCGGCUACUCGCACAGACAACGUGGCUGUGUCUGGAUAUUACCCUGGCAUCACACUCAGUUUUGGAGCAUUUCUGGGUAUUGUUGGCAUUCACCUGGUGGAAAAUCGCAGACCAAUGCUCGUAGCUGCAAUCGUCUUCAUCAGUAUCGGUGUCAUUGCUUCUUUCUUCUGUGCCAUUGUGGAUGGGAUCAUUGCUUCAGAGUUCAUUGACAUAAGGCCAUUGCAGGAGGACAUGUGUGACUAUUACAGCAGUGGAUCGGGAUACGCCUACGAUAACUACUAUACUGAGGUGACGUGCCGUUCAUUUAACAAAGCCUGCAAGAUGAAACUUAGGAGCAACACCUGCUACUGCUGCUACCUUUACAACUGUGAGAGCACAGACUACCACACCCAUUACUACGAGUUCACGGGGGUCAGCAGCUGCUGGGAUGUGAUCCACCUGCACCGGCUGCUGUGGGCCUCAGUGGUGCUGAACGUGGUCGCCUUGUUCCUGGGCAUCAUUAACGCCGCCAUCCUCGGAGCGUACAAGGAUAUGCAGAAGCCCUCCCCUCAGGUUGCUCGGAGCCCUGCACCACCACCCCACAUCCUGUACAACCCGACCCAGCACAUGCUGUCCUAUUCAGGCUUCUGUCCCUCAGGACAGGCUCUGCCCGCCUACCCUAACUAUCCCAUACCUAUGCAGCAUGCCAGCAGCUAUCAGACACCUGCUACUCCCCAGAUGAUCCCUGAAGGAGGCUCUGGAGUCUGCCCCUCUGAGGAGAGCCAGAGCCAGCCGCCCACCCAGGCUCCCACUCAGCCACAGCCUCAGGGAGCCAACCAGGACCCUGGAGGCUACAUGCUGACUCCCAAUGCUCCCGCCCUGUACGGAUCCUCCUACAGCCCCUUUGAGAAGCCUCCACCGUAUGCCUGCUGAGCCCUGGAGAACACACAGAGAGGUGGAUGAGGAAGAGUUGGAGAAGGACGUCUCUAUCCGGCUUAGGCUGAAUGUAGCAGAAGACACUUUGUAGGCUGAGUUUGUAGAAAGGAAACUCACAAACUACAUCUGAGUUCUGUUUGCACCCGUCUUAUUUAUUUUAACUGAUCUCAGACACAGACAGAUUAGCAGAUUACAUCCUAUAAUAUGCUGUCAUUUGAGGUAAUCUGCUUAGUCGUGUUUUUGUAGCAUUAGAUUAUAAUUGGUCUUUCAUAAAGGCAACAUCUAAAUAAGAUUGAUUUGGCUCCUUGAUAUAAGAGAGGAAUAAUCACUCUUGGAGUAGCACCUCCUAAAUAAAGAGAUUAUGCAUAGUCCUCAAAGAGAGGCUCACAGUAGACAUUUUUUCACAAGUGUCCAACUUUUAAAGUUUAGAGUAUUGUUCUUGUUGAUAGAUCCUGUGAAUUUACUGCAUAAUAGAAGAACAGACUGAUCUGAUCCAUCUCGCUUAGGGCCUUGUGAGAGCAUUGACCUCCUUGAACUUUUAAAACUUUUGGCACAUUUCAAGCUUCAAACAUAAAUAUAUAGAAUUGUAACUUCGUGUGAAGAAUCAACAUUAAGUGGGACAUUAUCAUGAAAUGGAACACAAUUUAUUAUAUUUAAAAACGUUUUAACAAAUAAAGAACUGAAGAGUGGGGCGUGCAAAAUGAAUCUGCCCCUUUACCUUCAGUGCAGCAUAAUCCCUCCAGAAGUUCAGUGAGGAUCUCUGAAUGAUCCAUUGUUGACCUAUAUGACUGAUGAGGAUAAAUAGAAUCCACCUGUGUGUAAUCAAGUCUCUGUAUAAAUGCACCUGCUCUGCGAUAAUCUCAUAGUUCUGCUAAAAGCAUAGAGAGCAUUGUGAAAAACAAGAAACACAUCAGCUCAGGACAAGAUACUAUCGUGGAAAAGUUUAAAGCUGGAUUUCGAUACAAAAUGAUUUCCCAAGCUUUAAAAAACCUAAGGAGCACUGUAAUAUUGAAAUAGAAGGAUUGCAAAUUUAUGAAGACCUGUAAAUUUUGAAUUGCUCGUGAUCACUGAGGAUGAUCUUCAGCUGAGGCGGGACACUCUGUCUGUACGACAACAAUCAUGUUGCACAAAUGCUGCACAAAUCUAGUCUUUAUGAAAGAAAGCCAUUUCUUAAAGAUGUCCAUAAAAAGUCUUGUUUAAAGUUUGCCACAGGACACCUGGGAGACAGCAAAAAUGUGGAAGAAGGAGAUCUGGUCAGAUUAAACUAAAAUUGUUAUGUUUGGCAUAAAAGCAACACAGCUCAUCACUCUGAACACACCAUCCCCACUGUCAAACUUGGUGGUGGCAGCAUCAUGCUUUGGGCCUGCUUUUUUUUAUGCAAAGACAGGGGAGAUGGGUGUAAUUGAUGGGAAAAUAGAUGGAGCCAAAUACAGGACCAUUUUGGAAGAAAACCUGCUGGAGUCUGCAAAAGACCUGGGACUGGGACAGAGAUUUAUCUUCCAACAAGGCAAAGAUGAAGCAAAAUCUACAGUGGAUUGGAACGAUUCACAAAUAAACAUAUCAGGUGUUAGAAUGGCCAAGUCAAAGUCCAGACCUGAAUUUAAUCAAUAAUCUGUGGGGGGGAAAAAACGCUCUCCAUCUAACCUCACUGAGCUUAAGGUGUUUUGCAAGGAAGAAUGAGUAAAAAUGACAGUCACUCAAAGUGCAAAACUGAUAGAGACAUACCCCAGGCGACUUGCAGCUUGUAGCGACUUGCAACCCAAUUUUUCAGUGUAAAAUAUCCAAUAAAUUUCCUUCCACCUAAUGAUUGUGUCCCACUAGCUGUUGAUUCUUCACAAAAAAAUUUAAAUUUCAUAUCUUUAUGUUUGAAGCCUGAAAUGUGGCAAAAGGACAAAGUUCAAGGGGGCCAAAUUCUCUCACAAGGCACUCUAUAGAUUGUCUAUAUUCAAAUUAAAAGGGCUUUCUCAAAAUGUGAAAUGGAGAUUAAGUAAUGUUCAUGUUGCUCCUGUUUAUGUUUGUGUUUAAUAUUCAAUGUGCACUUAAUAGUCAACACUGUAUGUAUUAUUGAUGUGUGUAAACAGAUGGGAUUCUCAUUCUGCUGCUAUAAAAUUAAUACAAAUGUAUUGUUGAACCUAUACAUGUGCAGUAAGGGCUUUUAAAAAAGAUAUCAGAUUCUAAAUUUUGGAAAAUAAACAUAUUUUAUUGUUUUCUGGGACAGAUGAGAAUAAUGCAACGUUUAUGUAUGAGGCAGUGAAUAUAGUGUAAUAUGUGGGGAUGUCCCUGAAAUGGGCACUAGGAUUAUCAGUCUCAUUUACUGUCUUUGCUAAAAUAUGUGGAUUUCCCAGAAAUGUUUUUUUUUUUUCUGUAUAAGUUUCUGUUUUGGUUUUGGAAGAGAAUUUAAGUAAAAAGAAAUAAAAUGUGGUU